UUAGAAUCAACUUUUAGGAUUCGAUGCUGUAUCUUCCUCCUGGAUGGUACAGUGACGGUGUGGGAGUAAACGUUCAAGGUAGUGUUGUGUGCAUCUUUCGCAAGAGUUUUGACGUCUAUAUUUCUUGAGGCAGACGACCUGUGGGGAGGGGAGGCAGGCUGGUGGUCGAGAAAUGAGGGACUAGACUCGAGUGCUGCUGGGAGUCUGCCCUCCGAGAAAAGGCAGAGGACGGAAUCAAGUUAUCUCAAAGAGUAAGACACCCUGAUAGUAGGCGUUGUAAGGACCAGCCUUCCUAAUCUGAACGUCUACCUGUUCACCACCAGGUGCAAGAAUUACGUGCUUUUACCUCUGAAUAUUGUCCCCCGUGGUCAGAAAGCCUCACGAGCCGUCCCCGUGGUGAAGAGGGAAGUGUUAAUUUACUGUUGAACAGUGUUCCUGCGGUGUGUGGCAACACUACCUGCAGGCCAGAGGUGCCUACUUGUGGCUGCUGUUCCUCCCUCUAUGAAGUUAAUCAGUAUGAUGGAAAAAGGGAAAGAUGGUGGACGACUUGUCUACUGAAGCCCUGAUACAGAGGUUCCAGGAGGAGUGCCGCAGCUGCACCUAUCCAACAGAUGCUACCAGUAUCAAGAAGCGCUACAAGGAUACUGCUCUCAUCCUCUUCAAGGAGGACUUGGAUGAUGGCAGCCUCAGGAACUAUCUCACAUUUGGGACUCGUCGUUCAUCGUCUGUCAGUCAGUAUGGCAACACUCCUGUUGUCAUCCGCAGGUCCCGCAGCUCCAAUGGGGAGUUGACAACAGUAGUGGAGCAGGUGUCUGCCCUCCAGGGCCGCUCCACCAGAAGCAAUUACACUCUGUUAGAAGCAGGAGAGAAAGACACAGAUUCUGAUUUUGAAAAUGACUUUCAGGAAAGCAGAUUUAACAGUGAUGACAGUUUUGCAAUUAAGGAAAAUUAUGAAAAAGACUCUAAACAUAAAGCAGACUCAACUGAAAGUAUACAAAAGGAUCAAGUUCAUGAAGCCAGCAAUGUCGACACCCAGUCUACUGUACAUCUACAGGAGAGCACUUCAACCAUUAAUGACCAACAAAGCCAAGAACACAAUAUUAAGAAGAGCUUUAGCCAUAAUGAUCCUUCAGCACAUCCCUGCAGGGAUAAUGUUGAAGUUGAAGCAAUUCAGCUGUCUGAAGAAUACAGGAAGCAUGACAAGAAAAGGAUAUCCAAAAAUAGUGAAGAAAUAAAGACCGAAAUGUCAGAGUUAUCAGCAUUUGAUGAAAACAAGCAGCUAACUGCAGAGAUCCAUAAGGACCAUAUAUCAUCUGCAAGCUCAGGACACAGCAUCAAUCAGCAGGUACCAGAUGACUCUUCCUUACAUACCACAUCAGAGGAGAAAGAUGCUAGCCGAACAUUCCUACUGAAUACCUGUGAACCAACAUCCAUUAUCACCAAUGAUAAAGUCCAGAAAAGAAGGUCCACUCCUGAAAUAGACCAUGCAGCAAUAUUAAGGGAAUUUGUGCAGCAACCUUCUCGACGAAGCAAGUCCCUACCUCAGAGCAAGAAUGAAGCUAACCUCAGUGCUCCUGAGACAUCCAUUAGGGAGGAACCAAAGAAAAACCUAAAAUAUGUGGAAUUGAAAAUUGUUGAAUCUUCUGACAACAUCUUUGAACAAGGAAACAGGGAAAUUGAUGCUCCAGACACAGAGAAGGCUCUCACCACAUCAGACAUCCCUCACCUCAGUGAUGAAAGUGAUGUUGUUUUCAUUGAUGCAGGAUCACCCUCACUCUCUAGGGCUAAAUUUUCCUGUGACUCUUGCUCAGGGUCCACUGAGGAGGUGCUACAGAGCAAAGAAAAUAGUUAUUUAGACAAAACUAUAGAUAUAACAGCUGCCACUCCCCAAACCUCAGAGUCCAGUACAGUUAAUUUAGACAAGAAUGUAGACACACAAGAUAAAUCCAUUGGCACUUAUCAAGACCCAGGAUCUGAUACAGUAUCUAAGAAUUCAGAAACCAAGAAAGAAGAGAUAACAACACGGAGAAGACACGACAGUCACAAUAGCUUUAGAGACCUUCCCAUUAGGAGCCCCACACCCCCAAGGAGGAAGCCGCAGAAGUCUCCCCGAACACCUAAAUUAAGGGAGAAGACUAGGAACCGGAACUCCUCAUUGGCCCUUACAUCUGAUGAAGAGGCUCAGGAGCUACUUGCUAAUGGCACACGGUCAGCUUCACCCACUUCCAAGACAGGGGACCUUAGAUUUUUCUCAUUCUCCUUAAGGAAAGAGAAGAGCAAGAGUGCAACAAAUCUUGGAUCCAAAAGAAAUCGGGACAGAGUGAGGCUGACCUCAGUGAAGCUUUCCUUAGAGGACCCUGGAGCAGUAAAUCCAAAACUAGCAUCUAGCAGGAUCGAGGAUAGCCAUCUUGAUAACUCAGGGAAAAGAGUUGGUGUCCGUAGCAUGAUGAUAGAUGGGACCAUCAAACGAAACUUCAUUGUAAUCCAUCCAUCUGAUGACUCUGAUACCAUUGGCCUGGCUCCCAUGACGCCUCAGGCUGAUCAGAAAGAGAUCACGCCUGUCAGCACCCCAGAGGCACUCUCCACAGUCAAGACUCGUAUCACAGCUCCCAACCCAGAGAAGCUCGAGGUGAUGAAACGAAUAUCCUCCCAGACAAAGUUGAAGGAAGAGCUCUCAGAUAUUCCUGAAAAUUUGAAAGAUGAAUCAAGGGGAAGUUUUCGAGGAUCCUUUAGUGUUUCUCAUAUUUCUAGAAGUUUAAGAAUAAAACAAAACAAGAAGAAUUUAGAACAUCUACCAUUGAAAACUUCACAUAGUUUGUCCAGUGAGCCAGUGUGCCCUAGUCCCUCCAGCUCCCAGAUACUAUAUAAGUCUCCCUCAUCACUGUCAAGGGUAGACUGUGACUCACCUGUUUCAGCUCAAAAAGUUCACCAUACCGGGGACUCCAGGACUGUGUCAAAAUUCUGUGUUGUUAUGUGAUGAUUAAAUUAGUAUAUUUUAGAGUUGCUGGUGUCAUGCACUCAUCAGUAGACUUAGACAGAAGCUAUCUUUGACUGGCAGCUACACUACUGUGAAAGUGAAGAAGCAAGAAUAGAUGCCACAUUUCAUUGUAUUCACUUUUUUAUUUUUUUUCUAUUUUCUGUAUUAAUUUUUUUUGUACAGAACCAAGGCUAUACUGUUAAUUCCAAAUGUGAUUUGGCUGUGAGUGCAUGUGUAUUCUAUUAACGCCUAGAAGAAUAAAAAGCCCUGUAACAGAAA